AUGGAACACGCAAGACCUCCGGCAGAAUUGACAGUAGAAGGUGGCCCGGCCGCGCGAGCUGACGCGUGGCGUACGUGGCGAAGACUGUUUCUCGUGUUUCUAAAAGCAUCCGGAGUGGCGAAGGAGCCUGCUGACGUUCAGGCUAGCCUGCUGAUCAAUCUCAUAGGCCCGGCGGGGUACGAUGUGUACACUACGUUUAGUUAUGUCAAAGACGAAAAAGAAGACGACAUUGAGUGCUUAUUGAAAAAAUUCGAUGAACAUUUUGGUACGAAGCCGAAUGUAACAUUAGCGAGAUUUAAGUUUUUCACACGAAACCAAGACACGUCAGAAACAAUCGAUCAGUACGUGACGUCACUGAGGCUACUCAGUCAACAUUGUGAGUUCAUGCAGCUGAGAGAUAGUUUAAUACGAGAUCGAAUCGUCUGUGGCAUAUCUAAUACCACGGUACGUGACCGGCUGUUGCGCACGGAUGAUUUGACCUUGGCUAAAGCCGUACAGAUAUGUGAGGCCGCUGAGAUGUCCAAGGAAGAGGGUCGGCUCAUCGAGGGUUCGACUGCCGAAUCGUCCGUGGACGCGAUUUGGAAGGAAUCUGUUCGAGGUGGCGGUUCGCGAGGUCGAGGCGGCGGCAGGCGAGCGCUGCGCGGGCGCGGCGCGCGGUACGGCGCCAGGCCGGCCGGCUGCGCCGCGUGCGGGAGCUCGCGCUGCGCGGGAGACGUCGAGUGUCCAGCGCGAAAUGCUACCUGUUUUGUGUGUGAACGUGUGGGCCAUUUUCAUAAAUCGAAAAAGUGUUCAAGUCGUAAAGUGUUCGAUGUAAAUGUUGAUAGCUCUGAUGAAGAAGUGUUUUACAUUAAUAUUAUAAGCGAGGUUGCAAAGAACAGUUCGUGUAAGGAAUGGUUUGAAACCUUUGUAUGUAAUGGUAAGCGAAUUCAAUUUAAAUUGGACACCGGUUCUAUGCUAAAUGUUAUAGCGAAAAGUGAUUUUUUGAAGCUAGGAUUUUCUUUAAAAAUGUUAAAACCGUUCAUAAAACGCGUACAAUCUUUUACGGGCAAUGAUAUACCGAUAUUAGGUGCUGGUGAUUUGACAUUGUCACACGAGAGUAAGCUGUAUGAUUUAACAUUCGUUGUAGCUGAUUUUAAUUGUCAAAAUAUUCUUGGAUUAAAAGGUUGCAUCGCUUUGCACCUUAUUAACAGAGUGAACGCGGUGUGUGUGUACGAUAAAUACAAAAGUAGAUACCCAGAACUAUUUAAUGGUUUAGGAAAAUUGCCUGGCCGUUAUACUAUUUCUAUAAAUGACAAUAUUGAACCGGUCAUAUGUCCGCCGCGUAAGAUUCCUCUCGGGCUUCGCGAUAAAUUAUAUUCAGAGUUAUGCAGAUUGGAAAACAUGGGUGUCAUAAGAAAAGUGACCCACCCGACCGACUGGGUGAACGCCAUAGUUGUAGUUGCUAAAAAGAACGGCGACAUUCGAUUGUGCUUAGAUCCGCGACCUUUGAACCGUGCUAUUCGUCGGGCGCAUUAUAGUUUACCGACGGUAACCGAGGUAGCUGUCAAGUUGCGCGACGCGAAAUAUUUCAGCGUUUUAGAUGCGACGUCAUCGUUCUGGAUGAUCGAAUUGGAUGAUGCGAGUGCUGACCUUUGUACCUUCGGAACACCAUCGCACGUGGUGGUGUCCGUGGAUGCGAGCGCGCACGCGGUCGGCGCCGUGCUGCUGCAGGCGGGCCGGCCCGUGGAGUUCGCGUCGCUCACGCUCACCGACACGCAGGUGCGCUAUGCGCAGAUAGAAAAAGAGAUGCUCGCGAUCGUGUUUGCCGUCGAACGAUUUCGCCAGUAUUUAUUUGGCAGACAAGAUAUAGUCGUGCAGUCGGAUCAUAAACCUUUAGAGGCUUUGUGCAACAAACCGUUGGCGUCGGUGCCUUGUCGCUUACAGCGUAUGAUGAUGCGCAUACAGGGCUACGAUUUGAAAAUCGUAUACACGCCCGGCAAAUUUAUGUACAUAGCCGACACGCUGUCGAGGGCGGCGUUGCCGGAGUUGUUGACCGAUCGACUGAGCACAGAUGUUGAAUCGCAGACGUGUUUUCUCAUAGAAAACGCACACUUUAGUAAUGAAAAAUUAGAACUCAUAAAAAAGCAUAUUGUGGGCGAUGCCGAAAGUACAUCCCUAAUUUCAUAUAUUAUUAACGGUUGGCCGAAACAUAAGAAAAAUAUAAAUGAUAUUCUUCAACUAUUUUGGCAACAUAGAAAUCUUUUGCAGUACGCGGACGGCUUGAUUUUUAAAGACGAUGUUCUAUACAUACCGAAAAGCUUACGUAAGUUAAUGUUGGACAGAGUGCACGAGGGACAUUUAGGUAUAGACCGCUGCAAGCGGCGGGCACGAGACGUGAUGUUCUGGCCCGGCAUGUCGCGCGACGUGGAGCGGGUCGUGCGGGGCUGUGCGGCGUGCGCGCAGCACGCGCCCCGGCCGCGCCCCGCGCCGCUGCGUCCACAUUACGUGCCGGACAUACCAUGGCACGGCAUUCCUUUGGAACUGAUCUCUGAUAACGCGACUGUUUAUAGCUCACGCGAGUUUAAGAACUUCAUGUGCGAGUGGGAAGUGCGUCACGUGACGUCGUCACCCCACUAUCCGCAGUCGAACGGAAAAAGUGAACGCACAGUACAAACCGUAAAGCAGCUACUUAAAAAAUGUAUCGAUUCCGGACAAGAUUUUUAUAUUAGUCUACUUAACUAUAGGACUACGCCGAGAGAUGGGAUAGACUCUCCGGCGCAGAUUUUGAUGGGUCGACGACUUAAUACAAAAUUACCAAUUAAUCAGAAAUUAUUGCGGGAAAAUGUUAAUAACGUUGCUAAUCAUAAAUCAGUUUUGAAUCGACAAGAGGAGAUGAAAAGGCGUUUCGAUAAGCGCGCGAAUCCGCUUAGGGAUUUGGCAGUCGGAGAGAAGGUUACCCUUGCGGACGGCACCGGUCGCAAGCCGGUCUCGGUAGUGGCGCGCGCGCCGGAGCCGCGCUCCUACCUCGUGCGCGACCACCGCGGGAAAGUGUGCAGGCGAACGAGGAGACACUUGAUAGCUCGUACGGCUCCGGCCAGUAAUGACAAUGUCACGUCACAGGCAUCUAGUACUUACGGUGACGCAGUGACAGAUGAUGAGGAUGAUAACAAUGAUGUUGAAUUUCAUUCACCUCAAAAGAUCACUAGCGGUAGUCCCAUACCCGGUAAAGAUGUCGAUCAAACGACAAAAAGAAAAGCAAAAAUGGUAGCUAAGGAAAAAAUCAAAAAUCUUAACUAA